AUGCCACAAGCCACACGAUAGCCAAUCAUCAAAGUUGCAGAGAAAGCUAAAAGCUCAGAGCCUGAGAGAGUAAAAAUGGCAGCCUCAGUUAUGGCUUCAGUGAGUCUAAAACCAUCUCCUUUCACUGUUGAGAAGUCAGCAGUGAGAGGCCUUCCCUCUCUUGCCAGGACUUCUUCUUCAUUCAAGGUUCAAGCCAGUGGUGGCAAGAAGAUCAAAACUGACACACCCUAUGGAACCGGUGGUGGCAUGAACUUGAAGGAUGGGAAAGAUGCCUCCGGGAGGAAGCCUACGGGUAAGGGUGUCUACCAGUUUGUAGACAAGUAUGGUGCUAAUGUUGAUGGCUACAGUCCCAUCUACAACAGAGAUGAAUGGUCACCAUCUGGUGAUGUUUAUGCUGGGGGUGCUACUGGCUUGGCCAUCUGGGCUGUUACCCUACUUGGCAUUCUUGCAGGGGGUGCUCUUCUUGUUUACAACACAAGUGCUUUGUCACAGUAGAAUUAUUAAUUAAUCCUCUGUUGUUGUAAUGUAUGUGCUGUUAAUUACUAUAGCCUACCCCAACUAGCUGUCCUGAUGAACAAGAAGAACAUUAAAGAAAUACUCUGUGCAAAUCUUAAUUGUAAUGUUUUGGCAUGGAUUGUUCAAUUUGAUGCCUGUAAUAUUGUGCUGGACUUCUUCUCUUUCAUUUAUUUAUAUGUUUUUUUAUUCA